GCUUGUGUGUGUGUGGGUAUGAGGAGGCCCCUCUCACUCCAUUCCUUCUCCAGGACAUCCCUCCACUCUUGGGAGACACGGAGAAGGGCUAGUUCCAGCUGGAGCUUGGAUGGGCAAUUGAGGGAGGAGGAAGGAGAAGGGGGAAGGAGAACAGGGUUUGGGGGAAAGGACCCUGGGGAGGGAAGCGGCGGGGAAUACAGCAUCGGGCCUGCAGGCGAGGCUACCUACCCACUUGGAAACCGACGCCAAAGCAGCAGAGCCACUCUGAGGCCUCCCCUCCCCGGCGGUGCCCACUCAGCUCCAGUCUCUCUCCUUUUCUCUCCCACACUCUAUCACCUCUGACUUCCUCUCUACUUAUUUCUCAUUCUUCCUUGACUUCCUGGUUCCCUUUCUCAUUUGUCUGUUUCUCACUUUCUGCCUGGUUUUGUUCUCGCUCUUUCUCUGGCCCAUGUCUGUUUCUCUAUGUUUCUCUCUUUUCUUUCUCAUCCUGUAUGCUUUUGGCUCACCUAGUUUCUCACUGUUCUCCCCUCUGCCCUUUCAUUCUCUCUGUCCUUUUACACUCUGUCUCUUUCCCUUGGUUUCUCUGUUUCCGUAUCUAUCUUUCACCCUGUCAGACUGCUGUUUCCCAACUCAUUGUCUGUAUUUUUGGCCCUCACUGUGUCUUCCCCAACCCCGUGUUUUUCUCGCAGUUUCUUUCUCUCUUUUGGAGCCUCCCCCUUGCUCCUCUGUCCCGUCUCUCUUGCCCCAUCAUCCUCACUCCUCAUUCCUGCAUUUGCUUCCUCCCCAGCAACAGCGUGAUCUUGCUGGGUCGGCACAACCUGUUUUAUCCUGAAGACACGGGCCAGGUGUUUCAGGUCAGCCACAGCUUCCCACACCCGCUCUACAACAUGAGCCUCCUGAAGAAUCGAUACCUCGGGCCAGGUGAUGACUCCAGCCACGACCUCAUGCUGCUCCGCCUGUCAGAGCCGGCCGAGAUCACAGAUGCUGUGCAGGUCGUGGACCUGCCCACCUGGGAGCCAGCACUGGGGACCACAUGCUACGCCUCAGGCUGGGGCAGCAUCGAACCGGAGGAACGUAUGCCAGGGCCAGAUGACUUGACUGCCAGGAAACUUCAGUGUGUGGACCUCCAUAUUAUUUCCAAUGAUGUGUGUGCGCAAGUUCACUAUCAGAAGGUGACCAAGUUCAUGCUGUGUGCUGGAAGCUGGAGGGGCGGCAAAAGCACCUGCUCAGGUGAUUCUGGGGGCCCACUGAUCUGUGAUGGUGUGCUUCAAGGUAUCACGUCAUGGGGCAGUCAACCAUGUGCCCUGCCCCAAAAGCCUGCCCUGUACACCAAGGUGGUGCGUUACCGGAAGUGGAUCCAGGACACCAUCAUGGCAAACCCCUGAGCACCCCAUCAACUCCCUACUUGUAACGAAAAAAAAAAAUCCACCUCAAGUUCUGGCAUCACUUGGCUAUUCUAGACACCAGGCACUUGGAACCUUGGAAAUGACCGGGCCAAGGCUCAAGCCUCCCCAGUUCUAUUGACCUUUGUCCUCAGGUGUGGGGUCCAGGGUUGCUAGGAAAAGAAAUCAGCAGACACAGGUGUAGACCAGAGUGUUUCUUAAAUGGGUGUAAUUUUGUCCUCUCCGUGUCCUGGGGGACACUGGCCAUGCCUGGAGAUAUCUCACUCAGUUUCUUUGAGGACCCAGAUAGGAUGGGGUGUCUGUGUUGUUUGUGGGAUACAGAGAUGAAGGAGGGGUGGGGUCCACACUGAGAGAGUAGACAGUGACACGUGCUGGAUGCUGUCCAUGAAGCACUGAGCAGAAGCUGGAGGCUCAACGCACCAGACACUCACAGCAAGGAUGGAGCUGAAAACAUAAUCCACUCUGUCUUGGAGGCACUGGGAAGCCUAGAGAAGGCUGUGAACCGAGGAGGGGGAGGGUCUUCCUGUGGCAUGGGAUGGGGAUGAAGUAAGGAGAGGGACUGGACCCCCUGGAAGCUGAUUCACCAUGGGGAGAGGUGUGUCGAGGUCCCCCAGACAACACUCAGAUUUGAUGAUUUCCUAGUAGAACUCACAGAAAUAAAGAGCUGUUAUACUGUG